CUGCUGGAGCAGUGGGUUUAAGUGCCUUGCUCAGGGACAGCUAGAUGAGUUGGCUGACGGGUGUCUAAAGAGCGAACGGAGAGACAACCCCACCCACAUUUUCCACCUCGCCCCCGUGGAUUCGAUCCACUAACCUUCCCGUCACGAUCACCUGGGUUUAAAGAAACCAGGAGACCCCCCAUGUGCCCCUGAGUAACUUGCAGUUUUGGUUCUCCUUUAAAUUUCCUGUGUGGCUGGGUACUACAUCUUCCACUACCAUCAUCACCACCAGCGCUGCUUCUUGAUGUUGUGGUCGGGAAUACGCAUGCGCCCGGCAUUGGAAUUACUGCACUGGCAAGAAUAAGUUGGACCUCGUCUGUCUUCACUAAAAGAAAAAUACAAAUAACAUAAGUAUGGCAGUGUUCAGAAUAAGAAGAAUGGGGUGUUUUUGCGUCUGGUUGUUCCCUCUCGUAGUGACUGUGGUGUGCGCCCAAAGUGUCGGUGACCCUAGCAAUAUGUCUUUGGUUAAAGAAACGGUGGACAGACUGUUGAAAGGUUAUGAUAUACGAUUGAGGCCAGAUUUCGGAGGUCCUCCUGUUGGAGUGGGAAUGAAUAUAGACAUAGCCAGCAUAGACAUGGUAUCAGAAGUUAAUAUGGACUACACAUUGACAAUGUACUUCCAGCAGGCCUGGCGAGACAAACGGCUGUCCUACACUGAGAUCCCCCUCAACCUGACCUUAGAUAACCGGGUGGCUGACCAGCUCUGGGUCCCUGACACAUACUUUCUCAAUGACAAGAAAUCAUUUGUCCACGGUGUCACAGUGAAAAAUAGAAUGAUCCGACUGCACCCGGAUGGUACUGUACUGUACGGUCUAAGGAUCACUACCACCGCUGCUUGUAUGAUGGACCUGAGAAGGUAUCCAUUGGAUGAGCAAAACUGCACACUCGAGAUAGAGAGUUAUGGUUACACUACAGAUGAUAUUGAGUUCCACUGGCGAGGAGGAGACAAUGCUGUGACGGGGGUGGACAAGAUCGAACUUCCCCAGUUCUCCAUUGUGGAUCAUAAGCUCAUCUCCAAGAAUGUCGUCUUCUCCACAGGUGCUUACCCUCGUCUGUCCCUGAGUUUUAAGCUGAAGAGAAACAUUGGGUACUUCAUCCUACAGACAUACAUGCCUUCUAUACUUAUCACCAUCCUCUCCUGGGUCUCCUUCUGGAUCAACUACGACGCCUCUGCUGCCAGAGUGGCUCUCGGUAUUACCACGGUGCUCACCAUGACUACCAUUAACACCCACCUGAGAGAAACCCUCCCCAAAAUACCCUAUGUCAAGGCAAUAGACAUGUACCUCAUGGGCUGCUUUGUCUUUGUCUUCCUGGCUCUGCUGGAGUAUGCGCUGGUAAACUACAUCUUCUUUGGACGGGGCCCUCAACGUCAGAAAAGGGCAGCAGAGAAACUGACUACUGCCAAUAACGAAAAGAUGAGGAUGGAUCCAAACAAGUGGCUGGUGGGGAAUGUAGUUGGCAGAGAUGAUACUCUGUAUGCAAGAAUGAAACAAAGGGAUCUUGAUGGCCAUGACUCGAUGUGGGAACCAAUCUUUGUGGACGACGCAGCAAUUGGACUUGGCGAUCAAAAAAAUAAGAUGGACCCACAUGAAAACAUCCUUUUGGGCACUCUGGACAUCAAGAACGACAUGGGCGUUUCAGAGCUGGCUCUGGGUCUCAAUGACCCACGAAAUACCAUGCUGACAUACGACAGCUCAACUCUACAGUACCGUAAAGCAGGGCUGGCCAGGCACAACUUUGGCCGAAACACACUGGAGUGCCACAUGACUCGAAAGAAGAGCCGACUACGGAGGCGUGCUUCACAGCUAAAGAUCAACAUCCCAGACUUGACUGAUGUAAACUCUAUUGACAAAUGGUCGAGGAUGAUCUUCCCAACUGUUUUCUCCUUCUUCAACAUUGUUUACUGGCUUUACUAUGUUAAUUAAAAGAAACAAAGGACAACAGUGAAGGCAAGACCAAAUAAGCAAAAUAUGUUGCUCAUUUGUUGUUUGUAUCUGGUGUGUUUCAUUUUCAUGUGAUUGCAUAAAACUGGACUGAAUUACUAUAUUCAGGACUGGAUCCAUCAUAUCUAAUACCACAUUUGCUGGCUAACACGUGGAAACCUUAUAGAAGAGAGAUUACAAUCAUAUAAGGUGCCUGUUACUGAGUAAUUGUUAAAAUUAUAUUUUAUGAAUUGCGUGUUUUGCCAUUUUUUUAAAUGUUUGUUUGCAUAGUUUUUUAUGUUUUAUUUUGUUACAUUUACAGCAUACAUACUUCAUUGCCAUUGACAUAUUUUAAUGACAUGUUUAUUUUCACUGACACUACUUAAAAAGUGCUGAAGCAAGUUUCAGGUCAGCAGGGUUUUCUAAGAUUAAUUAUGUCAAAGACACAAAAUGUUAAUUCAUUUCAUACUAAUAUAAUAAUGGCCUAAGGUUCACAAUUUACACUAUCAUGUGUUGUGCAAGAAAUUUCAAAACAGCGUUUUCUACUUUAAUAUACUGGGAGUACUAAUUCAUUUGUAAGCAUUUUCUCAGUCCAUAAACCAUUUUAAUAGGGUGAAAUUAAGUAACAACUAACAUUCCAAAACUCAGAUUGCACUCAAGAUGCCUGUUAACAGUCAAACAUAGUAUAAUGUAAAGAAGCAUAAAGCUAAUACAGACAAUUUGGAUUGUCAUUAUUAUGUAUGGUGUUAAACAGUUAAAAGAGAGUAAAGAACAACAAGAGAGAAAUAACUAAGAAAGAAAAUGUAAAAUAUUAAUCUUAAGCCAAAUUGGCAUUUCUUAAAUAUUAAUAUAAUUAUUAAUAUUCUACCCUAAAGCACAUAUACACAGUAUGGAUGUCUUUGGGGAUGACUGUGUCUGAAUAACGUAGUUUAGUCUUUAACUGUGUAUGUACAUAAAUAUCACCUGUAUAGUAGUUAUCAUAGGAAUAAUAUGACCUACAAAAUUUCCUUUUCAGCUCUCUAUUCUCACUUUCUAGGAUACAUAUUUACCACAUGGAUAAAAAAAAUAAUAAUUCACAACUGCUGAAAAGGCACUUUAUCAGCUAUGAUAAUUAUUUUUAAGGGUUCAGCAGAGACAGAGAUGAUAAAGAUAAAAGGGCUUCAUUGGUCCCCACACAGGUCAGAUGCAUACAAGCACAAAAACAACUUUAAAUAUCAGCUUUUGACACCAUUACUUUAUAAUCAAUUUUCUAUGCAGAUGAUUUUUCCUUUUGUUGCCAAUGAGUUUAUAUAUUGUGUCUGCCUCCCAAGCCAGAUUAUUAUAAUUAUCAUUGGUUUAAAACCUCUUAGUCAUAAUUGUUUCCUGAUUGAAAAAUGGGUUGAUGUUCAUAAAGAACAUAGCCGUUAAUCCAAAAUUAACAUAUAAUAGAUAAUUACAGAUUGUUUACUAAUGAUGCUGUGCUUUUGACUCUAAGAUUUUAUAAAAGAUUUUGCACACAAGUUGUUUAAAGCCAUAGAGGCUGUACCGUCGUUCUUCUAAUACCUGGUGCUUAAGGGGGCUGUCUUGAGAGGAACUUUAUUGUUAUGAGUACGAUCACACUUUAUGUUUCAGUUACCACAAGUUUAAAAUGUCAAAAUACAACUAGGGCUGGAAUACACACGAGUGUCAUAUCCCUCUUCCCAUAGAUUUGCCACACAGUCUAUAUGAAAGAACUCUGGUGUUACGGCCUCAUUUUCACAUACACAAAGUACCAACUCAUUCAUCAAAGGAGUUAAGAGUCGCUGUAAGUGACAAAGGCUUAUGUGUGAAAUUGUAUCUACAAGAACAUUGCUGAAGACAUAGAAAGGAAGACUCCGAAUAUUUUUCAAAAAUCACACUAAUAACUGCAGUUUUUGUCUCACGUGGUUCUUUUGAGUUAACCUGAAACAACAAAGAACUAACGCAAAGGGUUACUUUCUCCUGGUAUGCCAAACCAUUUUGAUUGUGAAGGUGAGAGUGAACACUUAAACAUGAAUAUGCUAAUUGUUUAACUAAAAUGUAGCCACAUACAGUUAUGUCUUACUGCAUGCUCUGUACAGUAGUAACUCGUUAAUAUUUGUUUUUUUGCUCAUGUUCUUUCUUACUGAUUUGUUUCAUUUCUUUUGUGCUUUUAUGUGUUUAAUUCAUCGCACAAAUGAGCAUACAUAAGUCUAUAAUUACAAUUUAUAAAAAAAAGUGUUUGAUUGGUAUUUAAUAUUGAGGAUGUUAUUACAUAUAUUUACAUUUUCAAAAAAAAAAAAAGCAUUUACGUAAAAGUGUUUUAAGAAUGACACUGUUUUAAGCAUUUUCACAAGCACUGCCCAACAUUGUGCAUAGUUCUAACUUACAAUAACUUUACUGGUGUUUACAUGUUACUCAUCAAAAUGAACCAUUUUCACAUUGUGUUGAUCUAGGUAUUGGAGAAAAAAAAGUAAAUUGGUAUGUUUUAUUUUGGGAGUUUUUUUGAUAGUGUUGGUUAUGUCAAACAAACUUUCUUAUCUUUCUUUUUUUUUAAUGUUUGUUUAUUUUGUGAGUAAAUUUGCUAAACAAAAGCAAAUGGAUCCAGAUAGAUUCUGAGAUUUACUAAUAACCUGAUUAUUGGCAUUGUACAUUUUUCUAUAGAUGAGGAUGAGUUGAACUGAAAUUUGGGAUCAUGUCCCAAGAAACACAUUUAAAUAAGUAUGUACUGUAUAUAUCAGAUAGUAUAUUAAUGAUCAUCAAUUGGAACAUAAUAUUCCUGUAAAUAUAUAGCUGAGCUUUCAACAAAAAAUCUAUUUACAUUUCCAAUUAAUUUAUACUGUUAUGUUAAGAGAAUGCAAAAGCUGAUGUGAAACAAUGUAAAUAGUCUAUUUUACAGUCAAUUGAUCACGUUUUGUUUGUUUUUUCUCUGUUUGUCAAAGCACACUUUUUUGGUUUUGCCAAAAUGUACAAUAUAUUCAUGAAUGUAGUUGAUAUUCUCUUACAGCAUGUAUUUGCUGUAAUGUGUCAGCAAAAGUAUUACAAUUUAUUGCACCAAUGAUCAGUUAAAUACAUCUUAAUGUACACCACCUUUUCAAACACACACACACACACACACACACACACACACACACACACACAAAGGUUCAAGUGAUAAAGUGGCUAGCGAUGCCUUUGUAUCAGCCAGAUAGUCAACCAUCUCAGGUCAGCACAAUUCACACUACUAACAACAUAAUAACCACAAACUACAAUUUCAAACCCAAGAAUUGUACUUCAGGAAAAGUACCUUAGUGAUCUUGUUUCUGUAAUGUGUUUGCUUUCUCUGUUUACUGUAACACAAGUCGGAUAAUGCUGUACACAUUAAAAGUACUAUGGCACACUUGUUCAGCAUUGGCAGAAUCUAAACACCUAAAAUAUUUUAAAAGUCAUUAAGGUACUAAAUCCACCUCAGCCAUAGAUAUGUCUCAACCAACCCAAUAUACAUAUAUUUCUUAAUCUUCAGAUGUGGUAUGACAUGGUGUAUUUAAGUGUGAGAGUGUAUAGUGGAUGUAUGUUGACCAGACAUAGUGUUUCCUGGCAAGAAAGGUCUGCUUCAUAAGUUCUACACUUUGAAUAUGUGUUUGUACUUCACAGCGCUUUUAUGUUUCAUAUAUUUUUAUACUUCUAUACUCCUGUGUAAAAAAAGUAUAACUGCAGACACUGUCGUUUGGCAAAACCUUGUAAAUCCAAUUUUUGCAAUUUUCACAUUUAUAUACAGAAUGAUAACGUUGUCCUCUGGGGAUUCUGGAAACUUAAUGACAUGUCUACUUACAACAUCCUGUCAUGAUCCCUUGUAUAAAGUUGAAAAAAAUACAUGGUUGUACAUGGGUUGAAAAUGGCUUUUUAUCUCUUCAUUUCUGGAAAGUUAAGGUUUUUGGAAAGAAAGAGAGCAGUCUUCUCUGGAGAGCAAGGACAGACUGACAUCUUAAAAGCCUAAAUGACACAUCUUGGUGACAGUGUAUGUUUGCACACACUCACAGAAGAAGCCUUAGCCUCCUGCUGCCCUGGACUCCACUCCAAGGAGCAUUAAUCCUUCUUACCUUCUCAACACCCUCCACCUUGAAAAAUCCUUCUAUGUGCCACUCACAAGAACAUUCCCAGAAACCCAGAGCUGUAAAAGUCAGUGUCUGUCUUUACUAUUAAAAAAACCUAUGGAAAUGAAUACAUUGUCAAUAAAUAUUGUAUACAGUUCUAAA